UGUUAAGCAGUUUUAUCGUUUGCUUUUUUUAAGAAAUAACAUCGGCAUUCUAAUCUAAACAUGUAUUUGGUUUGGUGUUUUUUUAUAUACCUUGUUUGUGGUAUAUCAGCAAUUUUCGAAAAUGAAAUAACUCUGAAAUGCAAAGGAAAAACUUUCAAAAAUGUAACACUAACGGCAUAUUAUCCUGAUUAUACUAACUCUGAUCAAGAGAACGGAUAUCAGGAUUUGAAGGGGAAAAAAUUAAGAACUUUACAGGAUUAUAUAGACAAUAGAGCUGACUUUGUAACGCUUGCAAUGGACGAAAAACUUUCUAUUCCAUAUGGAACAAGAGUAUGCAUACCUGAAUUGAACGAACAUUUUGGUCACCGAAUUCUUUUGGAAGUUCGCGAUACCUCUUAUGAGUUAACAGGUACUGGUUAUAAUAGGGCAGAUAUCUGUGUUAGAAGCGAAAUAGACAGUUACGAUAUAAAUGUGAAUAGAUUUGUAACAUUGGUUUUGGUUUAAAUGAUUAUAACAUAUCAAAUAAAAUAAUUUAGCUUAACCUAAAA